AGCCGGGCCCAGCGAGCCGAACCGGGCCCAGCCGAACCGAGCCGAGCCGGCGGCCGGCAGCCUGCCCGGAGCAUGGCCGAGCCGCCGGCGGCACCGGGCCCAGAGGGCGAGGAGGGCCCGGUGCGCUUCGCCCGCAAGGGAGCCCUGCGGCAGAAGAACGUGCACGAGGUGAAGAACCACAAGUUCACGGCUCGCUUCUUCAAGCAGCCCACCUUCUGCAGCCACUGCACCGACUUCAUCUGGGGCUUCGGCAAGCAGGGCUUCCAGUGUCAAGUUUGCUGCUUCGUCGUGCACAAGCGGUGCCAUGAGUUCGUCACCUUCUCCUGCCCCGGCGCUGACAAAGGCCCGGCCUCUGAUGAUCCCCGGAGCAAACACAAAUUUAAAAUCCACACGUACUCCAGCCCCACCUUCUGUGACCACUGCGGGUCGUUGCUGUACGGGCUCAUUCACCAGGGGAUGAAAUGCGACACCUGCAUGAUGAACGUGCACAAGCGCUGCGUGAUGAACGUCCCCAGCCUGUGCGGGACGGACCACACGGAGCGCCGGGGGCGGAUCUACAUCCGAGCUGACAUCGAGAAGGACGUGCUCACCGUCGUUGUAAGAGAUGCUAAAAACCUAGUUCCUAUGGAUCCGAAUGGCUUGUCAGAUCCCUACGUGAAGCUUAAAUUAAUCCCUGACCCCAAAAAUGAAAGCAAACAGAAGACCAAAACUAUCAAGUGCUCCCUGAAUCCUGAGUGGAACGAGACAUUUAAAUUCCAACUGAAAGAGGCAGACAAAGACAGGCGGUUGUCAGUGGAGAUUUGGGACUGGGACCUGACCAGCAGGAAUGACUUCAUGGGCUCCUUGUCCUUUGGGAUUUCUGAGCUGCAGAAGUCAGGAGUCGAUGGAUGGUUUAAGCUGCUGAGCCAGGAGGAAGGGGAGUAUUUCAACGUCCCGGUGCCUCCUGAGGGAGAAGAAGGAAACGAGGAACUGAGGCAGAAAUUUGAGAGAGCCAAGAUUGGAACCGGGUCCAAGGCUGCAGAUGAGAAGACAACAAAUGCCAUUUCCAAAUUCGACAACAACGGGAGCAGAGAUCGAAUGAAACUUUCGGAUUUCAAUUUCCUGAUGGUGUUGGGAAAAGGAAGCUUUGGGAAGGUGAUGCUGGCAGAGAGGAAGGGCACGGACGAGCUCUAUGCUGUCAAGAUCUUGAAGAAGGAUGUGGUUAUCCAGGACGAUGAUGUAGAAUGCACCAUGGUUGAGAAACGUGUCCUGGCCCUCUCUGGGAAGCCUCCGUUCCUGACCCAGCUCCACUCCUGCUUCCAGACAAUGGAUCGCUUGUAUUUUGUGAUGGAAUACGUGAAUGGUGGGGACUUAAUGUACCAGAUCCAGCAGGUUGGGAGGUUUAAAGAGCCACAUGCUGUAUUCUAUGCAGCAGAAAUAGCCAUUGGCCUCUUCUUCCUGCAGAGCAAAGGCAUCAUUUAUCGAGACCUGAAGCUGGACAACGUGAUGCUGGAUAGCGAGGGGCACAUAAAGAUCGCAGACUUCGGCAUGUGCAAGGAGAACAUCUGGGAUGGGGUGACCACCAAGACCUUCUGUGGCACUCCUGACUACAUUGCACCUGAGAUAAUUGCGUAUCAGCCCUAUGGGAAGUCCGUGGAUUGGUGGGCAUUUGGAGUCCUGCUCUAUGAAAUGUUAGCUGGUCAGGCUCCCUUUGAGGGGGAAGAUGAAGACGAGCUCUUCCAAUCCAUCAUGGAGCACAACGUAGCCUACCCCAAGUCCAUGUCUAAGGAGGCCGUGGCAAUCUGCAAAGGGCUGAUGACCAAGCACCCUGCCAAGCGCCUGGGCUGCGGCCCAGAGGGGGAGCGGGACAUCAAGGAACACGCCUUCUUCCGCUACAUCGACUGGGACAAGCUGGAGCGCAAGGAGAUCCAACCUCCCUUCAAGCCAAAGGCUAAGGACAAACGAGACACUUCCAACUUCGACAAAGAGUUCACCCGGCAGCCAGUGGAGCUCACGCCCACAGACAAACUCUUCAUCAUGAACUUGGACCAGAACGAGUUUGCUGGAUUCUCCUACACUAACCCCGAGUUUGUCAUUAACGUGUAGUGGCGGCGCAGCCGCCGCCCUCUCCUCGCAGCCCGACGCUCCAGACGCCCUGUACAUACCACACUAGUCUUCCGGGAGUAGCAGACACAUCCCUCACGCGAAACACGCCGACCGCUUCUUUUAGGAGGCCUUUCUAUGUCUGUGUCACUCGCUGGCUUGGUUUCCCUAGCUGGAGAUGUCUGGGGUCUGAGUUAAUGGUCAGUAAUACUUCUAGGAGCUAUAGUUGGUGGUGACUAAUAGAGUUUUAAAACAGAAUUAUACCAAAUUGCUACAGUCUUUGUAAUUUUUGAAACCGGAUGCUGAGAUCCCAGUGACCCUAGCUACUCUCAAAUCGUGUCUGUUGAAUGCUAAGCAUGGUUGAUAUCUUAAACCGUUGUGCUGAAGCUUGCGAUGACUGUGAGCUUGUCUUAGAGGAGCCUUUUGUUCAAGACAUGGGUACAUUUGAUCAGUGUGGAAAAGUCUGCUUAUAGACAUCUAUUUUUAAAGGCAUUGUACAUACUGUCAGCCCAGCUCUCCCAAGCCACCCCUGCCCCACCAGCCUGCCCCUUGCCAUUAGGCCUUUCCUGCACUCGGGCAUCAGGACUCCAAACCAAUUCCAUGCCAGUUCUUGUAAACCAGAGCAAAUCUUUUUCUAAGGGAAAGGUGGGAUUUUAUUUUUUUUUAAAAACAUCUGGAACAGUUUGCAGUUUUGAUACACUCUGUCAGCACUCUCAUAAAUCUUUCUCCUGUUUUUUCACAGGCACUGUCGAAAUUUAACAGCUCUGUAAAGGAUAUUAAUAUUCUACCAAAACAAAACACAUUUAUAUUCUCGGUUUACAAUUUACCAACUGGAAAUAUGCCCGCUAUGAACGGGCUGCACUGAGGGCUAUUUAUAACGGUAACUUUUCUACUUUACACCCUCUGCUAUUAUCUUCAAGGCUCAAACCCUAUGAAUGUCACAGGCAUCUCAAUUUACCUGGUUUCAACCAAAAUUCCUGGGGGUUAUAUCCAGCAACCCAGGACCUUUGGCAUCAUUUCAAAAAGCAUGGAAUCAGAAGAGGCAAUUCCAGCAGCUGUUAGUGAGGCAGAGCCGUGCCAGGAGGACAGGGGCAGGCAGGGGAGGGCAGGGCAGCCAGGUGCCAACUCUGUCUCACCCCUGGGUUUGCAGUAGGAUGAGCCCCGAGCCUGAGCAUCCUCAGAGCCAGAGGCUGGGAUUCCUUUCUCAGCACACACCAGUUUGGCUGGUUUGCAACAAACCCCUGUGUGUGUGUUUUUCCGCCCCACUCCUGGUUCUGCUGUAAAUACCCAUUGCUCCAUGGCUACCAGGGGAAAAGGGGGGUGGGAUUUUAUGGAUCACCAGGAAUCCUAUAAAGAAAAUUCUGGUUUGUAGAUCUUUUAUAAACAUCAAGCUCUACCUUUUGAAAUUAUUUUCUUCUUGUAAUGAUUCAUUGAGGAAAAAAAAGGCUGCUAGAAGCUAAAGCUGAUGUCCCACCUGCCUGGAGUGGGUGGCCAGUGUCCUCACCCUGAUUUUUCCAUUGCGGGGGGAUGUGAGCCAGGAGGCCAUGGCCUGGGUACUGACCCAGGCUGGGGGAAACCCAACAAAACCCAGAAAAACUGCAAAUUGUGCCAGAUUGAGGAGAGGGUUUAUGAGACACUGCAUCAGACGAAGCCCAGGGCAGCCUCGCACAGGGGCUGGUUUUUGUGAGGGUUCUUGUAACUCCAGCACAUGUUUCAGAAGACGUCUCGCCAUCCUCUGCAGACCACAGUUGAUGUUCAGAGCAUGUACAUUACUGUAACUUCCAAACCCGUUGCUGCAGAACUAGUAUUACUUCAGUGAUGAAUGUUUUUAAUUUCCAUAUUUUCAGCCCUGAAGCUGCUCCCCGGGUCUCUCCAGGAUGCUGCUGUGAGGUUCCCCGUGCUGAGGGCACCCGGGGCUGUGGCCGGGCACAGGGGCUGUGGGGAGGGGGGGAUGAUGUUGUUCCUGUUUGGGACUUUGUGUAUGUUGGGGUGACACUUCCACAUGGAGCAGGCGCUGCGGAACCACCGGGCGAGCCGGCAGCCCCAGAGCUUGGGUGGCAUCUUCAGGAUCUGCAAGGUUGAGAUCCAAGCUCCAGGGAGAGCUUAGCAAAGGCUCAGUCCUGCUUGCAGGGCUCGUACCUUGAGUAUUUCUGAUGUUGUCCAUUGUGCUACUUGCCAAACUCUUACUUCAUGUUUAUUUCCAGAUGACCUGUUUCUUCUGUAGAGAAAUGUGAAAUGGGAUGCACCUGGCCCUGCACAGACAUGGUGAUUUGUACCAACUCUUGCAAGGAAGGGCAGAGUGACAGUGGUUGACUCACUGUUUGCUGUAAUGUGAUGAUUUAAUCUUCACUAUUGGAUGGGGAAGGCAGAGCUCCAGGAAGAUGCAGAGAGGAUCCAGCCCCUGGGUGCUCUGAUGCAUGGAGAAAGCCUGGCGAAACAGUACCUGGGUGUACAGCAGAGCAGUGCCAGGGGACAAGGGGGCAGUGGGAGCGAGCAGCAGGCGAGGCAGAAGCGUGUCCUUGAACCCAAACCACUCCGUGAUUGUGUGGAUUCCCUGAUCCUGGUGGUCUGCAAGAUUCUGCUGAGGCUGUAAGGCUAGAGGCUAGCAAGGGGGGAUUGGGAACCUUAAUCUGCUUCAACUCUGCUGUCCCACAGCUGCUUGGGGCUCUGCUGGAUACAGUCAGUCCCAUUCAGCAGUUCAGGGUGAGUCUGUGCCCAGGCUCCUGAACAUCCCUACUCCCCAGGCAGAGUGUGGGCACUGCCCUGUGCCAUGGCAUUCACCCCUGGCAAUGGGGACCUGCUGCUGUCUCUUCUGGCUGGACAUCUGAGCAGCCUUCUCUUGAUAAGAGAGCCAUCACCAGAGGAGUUAUUGAUCCAUUUAAUCCAUGCAGUUUUGCCUAGCAGCCAACCCAUCUAGGUAGUCUCAAAAGAUGGGACGAUGAGCGAGCACUCUGAGCAGCAGACGUGCUGUGGUGUGUGUGGAUCCCAGGAGCUCUAACAAGCACAGAGCUAGCAUCAUUUCUAGUGCAGAGUGUGGGGAUGUAGCCGUUCGAAGGGCCGCGCUCACGUCUGGAGGGUGGAACUGAUUCCUGCCAACAAGUGCUGCAGCUUCUCUGCUUUUGCAGAAGCAGGUGAGCCACUGGGUCUGCAAGAGCAGAAGAAGCAACAAGCACCUUGCUCCAUACGUAGACGUGUCAUCCAAGCUGUUUAUUUCUGAUCAGGUUCAAAGAGGCAAUUAAAACAAAGGGGGGAAAUGAAAAUGUUUAUUGUUAAACAGUUUGUGUUUGUGAAUUUGAUUUCACCUGCAAGUAUUUGAUGACUUUUCUACAUCCUAGACUACCUGCUAUGUGUUGUCAAAAGAUUCUCAUAAAAACCUCCUUCUAGAUGGACAUAUACUCUUUAUUCUAUUUGCUGCAUGUAUGAAAA